AUGGCAACCACGCCGAAUAGAGGAAUCGUGGUGAUCUCCGGGGGCAGUGCGGCGAACAACCUUGUGGACGUGUUCAGCGCAGUCCGUGAGAGCAAGAAUUGCCCAUUGAGCUACAUCAUCCCCAUCAGUGACAAUGGAGGAUCAUCGUCCGAACUGAUCAGAAUCUUUGGGGGCCCUGGGAUUGGCGAUGUUCGAAGUAGAUUGGUGCGCUUGAUCCCCGAUUCACCAGCAAAUCCCGAGAGGUCGGCAGUCAAGGCACUAUUCAACCAUCGACUUCCGGCUGAGGCCAGUGUCGCGGUUCAUGAAUGGCAAUCGAUCGUGGACGGCACAUCGAGUCUAUGGACAGCCAUAACCCCCGCGAAAAAAGAGUUGAUACGUUCAUUCUUCAAUGUACUGAAUCUGGAGAUUCUGAAGCGUGCGCGUCCGCCAUCAUCAACCUUCGACUUUACGUCUGCGAGCGUGGGAAAUCUCUUUUUGACUGCAGCAAGACUUUUCAGUGGCAGUUUUGAAAGCGCCAUCUAUCUACUGGGCAGUAUCUGCGGUGUUCCGUCAGAUCUGGUGCGCGUGAUCCCAGCGAUCAACUCCAAUUUCUCACACCACAUUUCCGCUUCGCUGGCUGAUGGCACCGUCAUCGUCGGCCAAAACAGCAUAUCUCACCCCAGCGAAGCGACGGCUCUUCAACAUACCUCUGGCUCCAGGCGCCCGAGUCUACUUCUCGCCGAUGGAGAUGAUAUUGAGUACACAGAUUCAGAAGCCUCAGACCCGAUGAUCUACGAAGAAGACCAUCUUCCAGGUUCGCUGGCUACCCUUCGCAAUAAAAAUAUCAAAUUCAGCAAAACCGAAAACGAAGACUUGAGUUCCCGCAUCACACGCAUCUGGUACAUCAAUCCUUAUGGCCAGGAAAUCCGACCACCCGCCAACCCCCGAGUACUGGAGGCAAUCAACGACUCCCAGGCCAUCAUUUAUAGUAUCGGAUCUCUUUACACUUCAAUCAUCCCGGCGAUAGUCCUGCGUGGUGUGGGCAAAGGGAUUGCCUCCAGUCCAGCUCGUCACAAGAUCCUCAUUCUUAACGGAUCAUUAGACCGAGAGACUGGGCCCCCAUCAGCACCAUUCACCGCCUCAGACUUCGUCGAGGCCAUCGUGAGUGCCGGCGAGGAAAGCCGUGGACGAGGCCCGAUAAAUAUUCCCGGACAAGAGGGUCAGCACUCAGCACUACCAUGCACUGCCCGAAAGUCCAGAAAUCUUCCAUAUACUGCAUAUGUAACUCAUAUCUUGCACCUGGAGGGCCCUGGGACACCACAUGUGGACCGCGAGAGGCUCGCGCACAUGGGUAUUGAGACGCUCCGUCUGUAUGGGCGGAAAAUCACAACCAUGGAGGGCGACAAGGAGGUUGUUGUAGGCAUGCAAUAUGACCCCAACGCUCUUGUGCAGGCUAUUGAGGUUGUGUUGGGAAAGAAAGGCGACGCCAUGAUUCGGGGUGGAAUAGGGAGUGGGCUUAAUAGACGAAAUACCCUCGACCCUGCAAGGAGAGAUCGAUGA